CUAGAGAAACAGGCCUAGGCAAAAUUUUCAAAACCCUAGUGAAUUUGUUCGCACACGCUUGAAAUCAUCGAUUUUCAAGUUUGAUUUGUUUUUUAUUUCUGUUUUUUGAAAUUAGAGUUUUGGGAUCAGAUUCAAACCCUGGUUUUUUAAGCUGUUCUGAUGAACCCACGGGGUCGGUAUCCGCCGGGGAUCGGCAACGGCCGGGGCGGAAAUUUUCACUCAAACCCUAAUUUUCAAAACCGAAACCCUAAUUACCAACAACAACAGUAUUUUCAGAGACCACCGAUGCAGAAUCAGCAGCAACAGCAGUGGCUGAGACGGAUUCCAAUUGCUACUGAUUCGCCUGCGAAUGAAGUUGAGAAGACAGUACAGUCCGAAGUCGUUGAUUCGAGUUCCCAAGAUUGGAAGGCACAGCUAAGGGUUCCUCCACCUGAUACUCGCUACAAGACAGAGGAUGUAACUGCUACAAAAGGAAAUGAGUUUGAAGACUAUUUUCUGAAACGGGAACUACUCAUGGGGAUAUAUGAAAAGGGAUUUGAAAGACCUUCUCCCAUCCAGGAAGAAAGUAUUCCAAUUGCUUUAACUGGAAGUGAUAUUCUUGCUAGAGCUAAAAAUGGAACUGGGAAAACAGCUGCCUUUUGCAUUCCUGCAUUGGAAAAAAUUGAUCCAGAUAAUAAUGUAAUUCAAGUUGUUAUACUUGUUCCAACAAGAGAGCUUGCUCUUCAGACAUCACAAGUGUGCAAGGAACUUGGGAAGCAUUUGAAGAUUGAAGUCAUGGUCACCACAGGAGGAACUAGUUUGAAGGAUGACAUCAUGCGUUUGUAUCAGCCUGUACAUUUGUUGGUUGGAACUCCUGGAAGAAUUCUGGAUCUCUCUAAAAAAGGAAUAUGCAUUUUGAAGGAUUGUUCCGUGCUUGUUAUGGAUGAGGCUGAUAAGCUGUUGUCUCCAGAGUUUCAACCUUCAGUGGAGCAACUGAUCCGUUUUCUUCCUCAGAAUCGGCAAAUUUUAAUGUUUUCAGCGACAUUUCCUGUGACUGUCAAGGAUUUUAAAGAUAGAUAUCUGAAAAAGCCUUACGUUAUUAAUCUCAUGGAUGAGCUUACUCUCAAGGGUAUCACUCAAUAUUAUGCUUUUGUGGAAGAAAGACAGAAGGUUCACUGCCUAAACACUCUUUUCUCUAAGCUUCAAAUCAAUCAGUCGAUAAUUUUCUGCAACUCUGUCAAUCGGGUUGAACUGUUGGCCAAAAAAAUUACAGAGCUUGGUUAUUCGUGCUUCUAUAUUCAUGCUAAGAUGCUGCAAGAUCAUCGAAACAGAGUAUUUCAUGACUUCCGUAAUGGUGCAUGCAGGAAUCUGGUCUGCACUGAUUUGUUUACAAGGGGGAUAGACAUUCAGGCAGUCAAUGUUGUCAUCAAUUUUGAUUUUCCUAAGAACUCUGAAACAUAUCUGCACAGGGUGGGUCGUUCUGGAAGGUUUGGACACCUUGGCCUGGCAGUUAAUUUAAUAACUUAUGAAGACCGUUUCAACUUGUAUAGGAUCGAGCAGGAACUUGGGGCUGAAAUAAAACAAAUUCCUCCACACAUAGAUCAGGCUAUUUACUGCAGGUGACUUGAGAUGAAGUCCUGCCGGCUGCCAAUAUUCGUAUUGAAACUAUUGGGAGGCUUCAUGGGGAAGAUCCUAACUAUUGAUGUUAUUAUGAGAAGAUGGUUGGUGGCCAAUACAUCAAGUCUUUAUAAAGCCAGGGAGGAAUUAGCAAACCACAUUCUUAUCUAUUGUGAUAGAAUCAGAAAGAUGCGGGACAUGUUAUUAGCAAUCUUCGGGCUAUAGUGGGUAUUUCCAGAUUCUUUGAAACAGCUCCUUUUCAUUUGGAAGGUGAAGGGCUUGGACAAAAGACACAGGUGUGGAUUAUGGCUUCUCUUUGUUUGUUUUGGUGUGUGUGGUGGGAAAGAAACAAAAGGAUCUUUGAUGGGGAAGAGCUCAACAUCUACAAACUGGCAAAAAACCCUUAUGAGGUCUCUUUUGAAAUCGUCUGGAAGCCUGUUGGAGAGGGAAUGUGUUUCUCUGUUGGAUUUUUAUUGAUAAUUUGAACUACAGAUAGUGGUUUUUUCUGUUCUUGUCUUUGGUGCUGAUUUUAUUUUUAUUUUUGGGUUGUUGUUGUCAUCAUCUAGGUGGCUUAGCUUGUAUACUCCUUGCCUACAUAGAUGAUUGAUGCUUUUUAAUA